AUGUCUAGUUUUGGUGCAUACAUUUCAGGAGAGAGUAGUAGUGAAGGUAAUGGAUUACAUCAUUUAUCACCAACACAUCCCCACGAAAGAUCAAGUUCAAUUUCUCCUCAAAGAAAACAAAGAAAACAAUAUACAAUCACGAAAAAAAGAGAAGUUUGGACAGAUGAAGAACACGCCCUUUUCUUAGAGGGUUUGUCUUUGUACCAUCGUGAUUGGAAAAGAAUAGAACAACAUGUCAAAACUAAAACUGUUGUACAAAUACGAAGUCAUGCUCAAAAAUACUUCCUAAAACUCCAAAAAGCGCAACAACAAAACCCAUCUCAAGACCUUUCAUUUAUAAAGUCUAGUUUAUCUGACAAGAAAUUAUUAGGUGUUCUUGAAAAUGGGAAGAAAAGAAGAAAUUCUUUAUCUGCUUUUACCCCUGUCGAAAGUACUCUUGAAUAUUCUAUUAUUAACUUUUCUAAUUCUGAAUUUAAUUCCCCCACCAACCCUUCUUCUCCUUUUAAUGAACCAGUUAACACUCAACACCACAACCAAUAUUUCCAUCCGAUUUAUACCAAUUAG